ACAGCUACCUGUUUCCGAUCUUUUUAGUUUCAGUUCCCACUUCCCACACAACACAACACAACACAAAACAAACACAUCUCACUUCAAACUUUUGUUUUUGUUCUUAUCUCUUGAGAUUAAUAAGAAAUUGAGUUUGAAGCACGAAAUGAGACAGUAAAUUUUUUUUUGGGAAUUGUAAAUAAAAAAAGAUUCUCUCAUUUCUGAGACAGAUACUAAAAUUUAUUACUGCUUUUGUCGAACUUUCAAACCAAACAAAACAAAACAAAGCUUCAAAUAAAAAUAAAUUCAUAAUCAUAAAUAUUUAAGGGUUCGGAAAAUUCCAUUAGCAGAAAAAGGAGGUGGCAAUGGCAAGGCUUGCAUUGGGUCCUUGGUUCCACAAGAACGUCGUCGAUCCUCUCAUCCAAAUCCUUCGCAGGGGUGCUGAGCCGAAGCAAUUGGCAUUUUCUGCAGCUCUUGGCAUUACCUUGGGGGUAUUUCCCAUUUGUGGGGUCACUGUGUUUCUAUGUGGACUGGCUAUUGCAUUGCUUGGAUCCCGUUGCAAUGCUCCAACUGUAAUGCUGGCAAACUUUAUGGCUACACCAAUAGAGUUGAGUCUGAUGUUGCCCUUCUUGCGCUUUGGUGAAAUUCUCACUGGUGGACCUCAAUUUCCAUUUACAUCUGAUGCUUUCAAGAAGGUUUUGACCGGCCAAGCUUCACAUGAAGUCCUCUUAAGUGUUGUCCAUGCGUUGUUGGGAUGGCUUGUUGCGGCACCUUUUAUAUUGGCCACACUCUACAUCAUCCUUUUACCAUGCUUCAAGUUUUUGGUUAACAAGUUCAGCUCUGUUCCAUUAAGCCCAAAGAAACCACUUCAUUCACUCUCAGAUGUCCAGCUGAAGGAAACUGAUGCAAGUCUCAAUAUUGCCCAGCAUCGUCACAUGUAUUCCAUGUAUUCCUAUGCACAACACCUAUUUCAUCGAAAUGCUCAUUGAAUUACUGGUGAUUUUUAAGUUGGACACAGGCUGAUGCUUACAUUGUACAUUGUCUCAAAACACACUAGAAUGAUCAUGGUCAUGAUAGGCACUUUUGAGGACCAAGGAGCUGCCCCACUCUUUUAUUGUCUAUAUAUGAUAAGUACUUUUUUAGUUUUGGAUUACAUACCAAACUCAACUUGUUAUUUAAAAAGGUUAUGAUAUUAUUAUGAAAUAGAUUUCCUGCAUCAAAUUAUCA